AGAUUUUAGUUUUCAAACAUUAUAUGAAAUUUAUAUAAUAUGAAGACUACUCAGAAAUACGCCUGUUAAUUAUUUCAAAAUAUCAGUUGACACUUGACGUUUAGAUUUUUCGGCGUUUACUUGUCACGGGCCAUCAGGUAACGAGAUUGAGCUGUAAUCAUGGCUUUGACGGCAAUGUUACGCCGUACCCUUAUAAAUGGCACAUUAUAUUCAGCGGCCUCUUUGCGUUUUGCGUCUACACAGCAAGAAAAAAAAGUGUUCUUUGAUGUCUCUGCUGAUGGCGAACCCUUAGGCCGCAUAGUUAUGAAACUGAACACAGAAGAGGUCCCGAAGACUGCGGAGAAUUUCAGAGCUCUGUGUACUGGAGAGAAAGGAUUUGGUUAUAAAGGUUCAUCGUUCCACAGAAUUAUUCCUGACUUUAUGUGUCAAGGAGGAGAUUUCACUAAUCACAAUGGCACUGGUGGCAAGUCUAUCUAUGGUAGAACUUUCCAAGAUGAGAACUUUAAGUUGAAGCACACUGGCCCCGGCAUUCUAUCUAUGGCUAAUGCUGGUCCUAACACAAACGGUUCUCAGUUCUUCAUUACAACCACUACAACUCCAUGGCUGGAUAGGAAACAUGUUGUAUUUGGAUCAGUAGUUGAAGGAAUGGAUGUUGUGCGUAAAAUGGAAAAUCUUGGGUCAAAAAGUGGUAGACCUUCUAAAAAGGUUGUUAUCCAAGAAUGUGGUGAGUUAGACUGAAUAACUAAAAUAGUUUUAGUGUCGUAAUAUUGAUGUAUCAAGUUGUUUAUAGUUUUGAGUAUGCUUUGUGGUUGUAAUUUUUCAGCAGUUGUUGAACAAAAUAAAAGUAUGUAGUAUAAUAUAUGUAGUUUUAUAUAAUUUUUAAAUCUACAACUCCUUAAUGAAAAAUAUUUAGUUAUAGUAUGGUUGGUUUCUAAAUUGAAUAAAAUAGAUAUAUCUUAAAGUUAAAAGAUAUUAUAGCUUGAAAAGACAUAGUGUAUAAAAAUUUCUAAUAAUAAUGUCUAUAAUUUGUCUAGGCAUACUGGAAAUUGCAAUGCAAGAAAACCAAUGAGGUUAUAAGGAAUAAACAAAUAAAAUAUCCUUAAAAAUG